AUGUUAUCGUUGUAUACUCGUGUUGGAUUAUCAGCAACCAGGCCAGUUUUAUUUAGACCAGCAUUAAUUCGUGGUAUUAAGACUAUUCCUCAACCCCCGGGAAACAUUGUCGGAACCGUCAAUGAUGCAUAUGUUACACCACCACCUCAUAAGCUUGAAGGGUCGUUACAUUGGACAGCUGAAAGACUUGUAGCAGUUGGAUUGGUUCCCCUUACCUUGGCUCCAUUUUUGACUGGAACUUCAACGAUGGUAGACUCUACAUUGUCUGCACUUUUGUUGGCUCAUUGUUAUAUUGGAUUUCAAGCAUGUAUUUAUGACUAUAUCCCUGCAAGGGUUUACGGACCAUACCACAGCUAUGCCAUGUGGUUAUUGACUUUUGGUACCGGUGUUGCUGGAUAUGGUUUGUACCAAAUUGAGAAGAAGGAGGAUGGACUCUCAGGUAUUAUCUCUAAGGUUUGGAAAGCAUAA